AUUGGAUAGUCUUUCAUACAUAAUAUUUUCUAAUCGAAACAUGUCUACUCGUCUGCAUAAGAUUUUCUGUUAGUUAUUGAUAUUAAUUUUCAAAAAAAAAAAGCAAUCUAUCAUGAUUACUUCAAACCUCCGGAUUUAGAAUUGAAAGAACAACCGUAAAAUCGUUUAUAUGGCAGGAAUAAUAAUCAAUUCCAAAAUGAUGGAUGCUUUGGUCCAAAUUCAAGCCAUUGCAGUCAAUAAAGAGGAAGAAGCAAGACGAGAAAGAAGAAAAGAGCUGCGGCAGCUCCUGAAGAGUCAUCCUGUGAUGACAGCCGAUCAUGAUUCUUACAAACUACGUUCAUCGAAGUGGUUCAACCAUAGUGAAAUUUCAAUUGUGUGUUCGGUUUUCGAAUCUGGAUUUAUUGUAGAAAAACGUUAUGAAACACAACAAGAUAUACCAAACGCAUUAGGUAUUGCUCUAUGGGAUACAGGAUAUGAAAAAAGUAAAGAUCCCAGUCAUCUAAAAAUAUACGGGUUGAAUGGUGAAACCGUACAAGCAUUCAACCUAGACGAAUUUUGGACAAUAAAAACACAAAUUAAAAUCUCCAACAGUGGGGACAGAUUUUUUGCAACCAACAGUAUAGAAUUAAUCAUAACACAAAUCAAGCAAGCUGAGAAGAUGAAAUUUGAUAGAGACGAACAUUUUGUGUGUUAUUGUCGAUACGGAAAGCCCAAAAAAAGUUUUGAUGGUUGGAGUCUGAGAAGUAUAUUAGAAAAAUUAAGGACAUUUUAUGUACGAUGGUAAUAAAUAUAAUAAGAAGCUGUAAAUCAUUCCAAAAUAAUAUAAGACUAUUAAGAAA